CAGUUUUUGUGGAACUCUCUAAACAACAGAAAAAGGCCAGGAAGGCAGUUACCAUGGAGACUGUGACAUAAGGAAACAUGCUUAUAAACCCCUGAGAGAGUUUAGAGACUGGCUGUUUUGGAACCGAUUGAUGAACUUUGCAAGAAGGGGCGUGAUGCCAACCUUUUCCUGUGGUGCUGGUACUUGGACUUUGGUAGAGAGGAAUGCAUCAUCUGGAUGGCAGAUGACCAGGGGAGAGUCCUGCAGAAGAGAAUACAACAGCGGGUUCCUACCUGGUGUGAUAAUCGAACUUAGGAAGAAAGGACAAGUAUUCAGGAGCAAAGGAUGAUUGUUGUGCACCUCAACUAUAAGGAUGACCAGAUAUAUUAUGGGCAUAACAGCAUGAGAGAGGUGUCUGAAGCCAAGAAUCUGGAUCAGAAAAUAGUGCAGCACAAAUCGAAGCCACCGGAGAAACAUACCACUUGCAUGGUGGCAACUGUAUUGUUAGUGAUCAGAAGAGUAAGGGGAAGGCACAAUAGAGAUCUGAUGGGUGCCAAUGUAAUGUAUUUCCUACUCUGUACUACCUUCCUCUCUUUGCUGUUUCUCCCUCUGCCCACCCCAUGUUCCUUCCCAUCCUCUCUUUAUCAGGCCACUUGCUGCUCUCAUCCAGGACAAUCACAUCCCACCAGUAGACGGAUUUGCUUCUUUUCUGGGUUCCAAUUUUUAUUUUGUCGUUUGGUUUUGGAAUUGUGUUUGACUUCAGAGCUGUGUUAAGGUGAGUAAGCCACCCUUUUGCAGUAGUUCUUGUUGUCAUAACACAGGUCUACAAAGAUAUUUUUUUUUUCAGAUGCGUGGAAUAUUUUUGGUAAACUGUUUUCUAGAAUGCUGAAUCCAAAAAUGACCUCAAUUUCCCCCUAUCACGUACGGUUUUUUGGAAAAUAAUAGGGGUUUACAAUAAAAAAUCAUAAACAGUGAUGAAAAAAUCACUAAUUUUAUUACAUUGAACUGAACACAUUAUUUCUCAUAAUUUUUUUCAUGAUAUAUUUAACAUUCUGUGUUCAGUCUUUUUGCCUGUGAAACCUUUUCUUCUCUUUGAUGCUCCUCCGAACACGCUUUCGCUUUCCUUUUCCGUUUCCCGGUGUUGAAUCGCAUACGUCAUAAUCACCUCUGUUUGAAUAAAAAAAUCCUAAAACUUCUUGAUUAUUUUCAUGAGUGCACAAAACUACUCACGUAAAUUCUUACAUGACGCUACCGUAGUAUGAUCCGUGAUAAAUAGUGUCGGGGAAUGAAGAAUAAGAAGAGUUUUUAUCGUUGAAUGGGUUUAAGUUAUUGUGUUCAGUUUGACGGUAAAAAGAGUUAAGGGGUGGUAGUCUGCAUAAGUAUAUGAAUACGUAAGAUGUGAAAAUUAUGUUUGAAAAACAAACAUCAGUGACACCCUUUGCGAAUAAGUUGGAAGUUGAAUUAUAUUUAAAAAGCGAAAUACCUGGAAGUACGGGAGAGUGCAAUGAGUCUGGAAUAGAGAAUCUUCUAUCAUGGUUAGGUACAGCACCAAAGUUCACAACUUUCCGGGUGAACACUCUUGUGUCCGCAGCAAAUGAAGUUUGUGAAGUAAUUGCACGUGAUCUUCAUAAGCAAGCAGCUACUCAUGGAAACUCUCUGGCAGUAUAUAAUGUGGCAGUUCAUCCGAAGUUACCAGAUACUGUUGUAAUAUCGAGUUUCAAUGAGGCUGAUUUAAGAAUACAAGAAAGAGAAGUUAUCGUUGAUGCUACCUGUGGUGCUGCUGUAUUAAGAGGUGCACAUGUGUUUGCUCCAGGGAUCAUGGGCAUGCCAACAGGUGUUCACUGUGGAGAUAUUGUAAGUGUUUUUGCAGACACUGUAGGGCAGUGCAAGAAGGGCUAUCAGAAACCCUAUGUACAAGGUUGUAAGAUCUUCCUUGGGAAUGGCAUUGUGCGUAUGGAGCGCAAGCAUUUAUAUGCCAAAAACUUAAAACCAGUUGGAGUUGCAAUUGAAAUGACAGCAACAGUAUCUGGCUGCCCAGUGAUAGGGCCAGAUUGUUUGUCUUCUAACUUAGCCUUGCUGCAGAAUCUGCCCUCUAUUCUCUGUGGCCAUGUGCUGAAUCCUCUGCAGAAUGAGAUCAUCCUUGACAUGUGUGCUGCCCCAGGGAACAAAACUUCACAUCUAGCAAUGCUUAUGGGGGAUCAGGGUGUCAUCAUAGCACUAGACAAGACAGAAUCCAAGGUGAAGAACAUUGUAAAACGUUGUCAACAAUUCUCACUCCACAGUGUGCACACUUUUGUAUGUGAUUCCACCAGAAGUGUUAAGAAAAUCUCACAGCCAUGUGAUUCUGAAGAACAACAAAAAUUGGUACUUCAAGGACCGCCAUUUAUACAGGAAUCAUUUGAUAGAAUUCUGCUUGAUGCACCAUGCAGUGCAUUAGGACAAAGACCCCAACUAGCAAACAGAAUCACAGUUAAUCAGCUUAAAUCAUACCCUCUUCUGCAACGCAAGUUGUUUCAUUCGGCAGUGUCACUACUGAAGUGUGGAGGUACUCUCAUAUACAGCACUUGUACGGUGACACACGAAGAGAAUGAGGGGCUGGUGCUUUGGGCUCUGAAACAUUUUCCAAAUUUAGACUUGGUGCCUGCAGUACCAGUAUUGGGUGGACCAGGGCUGAAAGGAUCAGGCCUCACAGAAGAACAGAGGCAAUGUGUGCAGAAGUUUGGGCCUCCACUAGUGGGUAGUGACUGUGACAUUGAUACAAUUGGCUUCUUUAUUGCAUGUUUUCGCAAGAAAUCUACAGUUGAUGUAACAUGAUUUAAUCUGUUUGUAUUUGUAUAUUGGUGUACCAUAGUGUUCCAUAAUACAUGGUAUUUACUUUUAAUAAUCAUAAACACACUUGUCAUAUGCACUUCAACUAUUAACUAGUAAUAAAUGCUGUUAACAUUAAAUGUCUAAUUAGUUUUUGUUUGGCAUUGCCAGGAUCUAAUGCAGUGAUUGAGUGUUUUUUCUCAAUAAUAAAUGCAUUAUGGUCAGAUGAAAAUGAAAGACUUAAAAUGGAAACAGUGAACGCCUUAACCAAUGUGAAGACCGACUUUAAAUAUAUCUCUUGUUCAGAGUUAUUUUCCAAAGUAUUGAAAGAAAAAGUAUUUCUGGAACAGGUUCACAAGUCUGAUAAAUAUUCAGGUGAAUUUGGGAAGGCUUUUGCAGAGUAAGACAUACAUUUUAUUUUUCUAUGAAUUUUUUUAGGUGUUAUGUUUCUAAAUUAAUAAUUUUGAGCCAAUUUUUGUAUGUUUAAAUUUCUCUGUGUUUAAUAUAUAGUGUGAUUUAUACAUUGACUCCCCCAUAUGCAUUCAUGGCGUAGUGCUUAAUUAGUUAAGCACAGGGACUUUACUUACUUACUCACUCACCUCACUGAUGUAAAGAACAAAAGUAUAAACUUGUUCUAUUUAUACAGGAAUUGUGUUGGUGGAACCUCCCACCCUAUAGGAUGCUGAAAUACUUGGAAUACAAUUGUUUGUAAUUUCUCUCCAUACAAUGUUUCAUAAUGAUUCCAAUGAUGGAUGACCAAGGGGUCGGAGUUUGAGUCAAGGUAGGUUCACAAAUUUUCUUUUCUCCGCAUUGUCCAGACAAGCUCUGGGGGCACCCAACCAGUGCGUACCCAAUCCAAUGGGUACCACGGGCUCUUUCCCUAUGGGUAAAGCGGCUGGGGUGUGAAGCUCACCACUUAUC